AUGGCCAGGAGCACGAGGGGUCCAAUCCUUCGGCGGCGGCCUCCGCAGGCUGCUCGCCAUCGCCAUGGCCAUGAAGACCGGAUCAGCGUCCUCCCCGACGAUCUCCUCCUCCUCCUCCUGCGCAAGAUCGACACCCACACGGCACUCGGCGUCGGGACGCUCUCUAGGCGCUGGGCCCACCUCCCCCGCCAGCUCCCCGACCUCGACUUCAGGGUCGGCGACAUACUCUCGCCGCGCUAUCACAAAUGGCUCCUCGUCGGCAACGGAUCUGAGUCAGAGUACGGAUGGCAAACCUCGGAGGAGGAGAUCAAGCCUAACAUCCGGCGGUUCGAGCGCCGGGCCAUGCGCUCCUUGGUCAGAUCCGUCCAGAGCUUCUUGGACGCUGGCCAUGACGGUCGGCGGGUCAACAGGCUGAGGCUCGAGUUCUUCACCACCCACAACACCGCCUGCAUCAACCGUCUCCUGGCCAAGGCCAUCGAUGCUUGGGGGGGCGUUUCUCUCGAGGUUCUUGCCAAGCCAAUUCACGGGGAACGGCAAGUCCACGCUUUUCCCAGCCAUGGCCUCUGUGAGGAACCCCGCGCGUCACGCCUGCGAAGCCUCAAGCUUGGAGGCUGCGUGCUGCCGCCCCUGCACGAGUACAGCUCACUCAGUACCCUCGUCCUGCAAGACAUGCCAGAGUCGACACCAGGGGCAGCCUACGAGGGCGUCUUCACCUCGUGCCCGCAGCUGCAGGUGCUGCAUCUCAUCUCCUGUCAGAGCGGAGACCAAAUCAUCGUGGACGCCCCCAGGUCACAGAUAAGGGAGCUGGUUCUGGACAAGUGCGAGUUCAUGCGGUUAUGCAUGAGGGAUCUUCCCUAUCUCGAGAGGCUAGCCUCUCUGGGAACAAGAGUGUUGUUUGAGUCCGCUUCAUUUGCCUGCCUCAGGCAAUAUAACCUCACGUUGGGCUUCGGCGACGAUCUGGGAGAAUAUGGCCAUGUCUUUGUGAAGAUCCUCAAGGCGCAGCUUGGCUUGUUUUUUGGACACGCCAUGGAAAUCACCAACUUGGUUAUCCGGUUCACUGGACCUGGCAGAUGGAUCGUGCCCUCCAGCUCCCCGGCCACAUUUUUACCUAACCUCAGGCGGCUGCUGGUCGCCGAUGUGCCUUCGUCCUGGGAUGUCUCAUGGCCCCGUCUCCUGCUUGAGACAGCGCCUUCCCUCCACACCCUUCAUGUACACGUUGAUCCCUCCUUAGCGGAGCCUGGCGAUGAGAUACCCUGGCAACCCACCAUGCUUCGGCACCAUCACUUGAAGGAGUUUGUGAUGGUUGGUUUUCAAGCAAUGGAGAGGCAGCUUUAUCUUGUCAAAUUUGUUGUGGAAGUAUGCACAGCUCUGUGUCAUGUCGCCUUGUUCAAGGAUGGGCAUGUUCAGGACAAGGGGCACUGGGACUGGGAGCUGAUGACGGAGCAAUACUCGUGGACCCAAGAGGAGAAGGGCACCAUGCUGAACCAGAUCAUGGAUGGGGUUUCUUCCUCUUCAAUAGUUCCUAGCCAACUGGUUUUUGGCUGAUCAAGUCCUCUCAUGUUUCUUCAUUUGUUUCAAGCAAUCAAGCCUCCAGUCAUGCUUUCCAUAUCCCUAUUUGAUGCCAUGUAAUGUUUUGUGAUCUUCACUCAAACAAUAUGCAAUUGCAGUGUGUUUUUGAAGGAAA